AUGAUCGUCUCGCGCUCUGGAAAGGUUGUGGAUGUCUGUGGCUAUGAUCCUUCCACCACUAGCCGCCAACUUGAGGUUGUCACUGCUGCAAUUGCAUACGAUCGACCAACCACCGGUGAAACCAUCAUCCUUGUCCUCCAUCAAGCCAUCCAUGUCCCGAAUAUGGACCACCAUCUUUUGAGCACAAUGCAAUCACGAACGAACGAUGUUACCAUUAAUGACCGCCCCAAAUUCCUUACUGCCUGCCCCAAUGACAACGACCACUGCAUCCUUGCCCCAUCUGACAAUCCCAACGAUAUUACACGCCUCCCGCUACGCAUCCACGGCACCAUUUCCUAUCUCAAUGUCCGCAAGCCCACCGCCGCCGAAUACGCCAACUGCGAACACGUCUCCCUCACCGCCGACGCACCAGACUGGGACCCCCCCCACCACCAAAUACCAACUUGUUGA